GGCUUCUUUUUCUCAGACUACUCUGACCUUUGAGAUUGAGAACUCUCUCUCUAGACCUUUUAAAAAAAAUGCUUCUACGGAGCUCGUCAACGCCGAUUCUGAAUCAAUGGUUUUCAUCUCAGUCAAAGGACUCGUGUCCAGAGCCCGAGAUAGUUAGCCAUAUACCCAGAACCCGUUCCAUAUCACUCUCUCUUUCCUCCUCGUCACCUUCUUCUUCUUCGUCAUAUUCAGUAUCGCCCGUCAGGGACUCGGCUACGGCGAAGAUGACGCGGGCUUUCUCGGAGACCGAUCUCCGGGACCUCGCAAUGCCAAAGAAGAAGCCUUUCAACAAAACCCUUAGUGGGUUUUCGGAGGAAGAGGAGGAUGAUAGGUGUUAUGGGUUUAAGUGCGCCACGACGGCGCCGUUGGAUAGUGGCGUGGGCUUGUUUUCGAGUUCUGGGCUCGACGAAGAGUCUUAUAUUGGAUCCAGGGGUAAUGGGUUGGUGAGCGUUUUGGUAGGGGGUGGAGUUGGUGGUGGCGGUGGGAAGAUCUGUGGUGGGGGUGGUGGAAAUGGUCGAUCGGACGGUGGAGAUGAUGAGAAUUCUGGGUCUUGGGAUUCGAAUCAUGGGAAGCAGAGUACUGAUGUGUAUUAUCAGAAAAUGAUCGAGGCCAACCCGGGGAAUUCUCUUCUUCUGAGCAAUUACGCCAAGUAUUUAAAAGAUGUACGCGGUGAUUUUGUGAAAGCUGAAGAGUAUUGUGGUAGAGCGAUAUUAUCCAACCCGAAUGAUGGUGAUGUUCUAUCCAUGUAUGCCGAUUUGAUAUGGCAAGGUCACAAGGAUGCUUCAAGAGCAGAAACUUACUUUGAUCAAGCUGUUAAGGCCUCCCCAGAUGAUUGUUUCGUUUUAGCAUCAUAUGCUCAUUUCCUUUGGGAUUCUGAAGAAGAUGAUGAGGAGGAAGAGACAAAUACAGCAUCAACACCCAAUUUCUUUCGUGGAACAACUCCUAUAGCUGCUGCUUCUUAAGCUUUCUCCCUUUGUUCAGGAUCAGUUGUAUAAUUGUUUAGAUAUAACUUCCCAGGCCUUUUGUUUAUAUACUUCUCCUUAACCCUUUUCGUAAAAAUUUUGGGUGACUAGAAGCGCUAUAUUAACCGAUAGCUCUGGUUUCAUCUUGUAAAAUAAUGUUAGGAUGAAUAAAAGAGGUAGAACCAAUUUGUUA